UGCAUGCGGGAGAAAUUUUGUGAUCACACAGAUCUACUUUUCACUUGAGCUGAAGAAUCUACGCUGCACUCUUCAACCCAAACAUGGAAGAACAUCAUUUCAACACCAACAGGACCAGAAACUUUGGAUCCAACCUCAUGAAUGAUGAUGAGCUGAGGAUCGUGAUGGUGGGGAGGACUGGAGUAGGGAAGAGUGCUACUGGGAACACCAUUCUGGGAUGGUCCCGCUUUCAGUCCAAGUGCAGUCCGCGGUCUUUGACUGUGGAUUGUUCUAAAGAUAAAACUGUGGUGGAUGGACAACCAGUUGCUGUCAUUGACACCCCGGGCCUGUUUGACACCAGGUUUGGUCAAAACAAGACAACCAAAGAUUUGAGCCAGUGUGUCUCCUAUGCUGCUCCUGGACCCCAUAUCUUCCUGGUGGUCAUUGCUCUGGGCAGGUUCACUGAAGAGGAAAAGCAGACGGUGCAGAGGAUUCAAGAUAUCUUUGGCCAGGCUGCUGACAAAUACAGCAUGGUCCUCUUCACUCAUGGAGACGUCCUUGAAGACACCACUAUUGAAGAAUUCCUAUCUGAGAGUCCAGAGUUACAGGAGCUUGUAGCCAGAUGUAACGGCCAGUACCAUGUCUUCAAUAACAAGCUGAAAGAUAAGAAACCUCAAGUCACUCUGCUGCUCCAGAAGAUCAGAAAUAUCGUGCAGAAUAACGGUGGAAGACAUUACACCAACAAGAUGUUCCAGGAGGCCGGGAGGGCAAUUGAAGAGAAAAAUCAACGCCUAUUGAAAGAGAAGGAAGAGAAAACCCGUAGAGAGAAAGAAGAACUGGAGAGAAAACUGCAAGAAAAGUAUGAAAAAGAGAUGGAGAAAAUCAACAAGCGACUCCAGGCUGAGAGAGAGAGGGAGAGAAGGAUGAGAGAGGAGGAAAGACUAUAUCAAAUUAUGAUCAUGGAGCAGGUGAUGGAGAUGGAGAGGAAGAGGGAGAUGGAGGAAAGGGAGGCAGAAAGGAAGCGAGAAGAAGAGGAAAGAAACAGGGCAAUUGAAAUGAUGAUGAAGAAUUUGGAAGAACAACGUGAGAGGGAACUGGAAGAGGAAAGAGAGAGGUUAAGAAGAAUAGCACAACGUCGUGCUGAGGAGAAUAAUGAAUGUAUAAUUCUCUGAAAAUAUGGUUUGGAUAAAUCUUUGGUUGUGAAACUUGUAGUGUUCCUACUUAAACUAAUAAACUUACAGGGACAACUUUGAUUACAAAGGAAAAAUAAUUGUGUUUAUGAAUCUCUCAUCUGAAAGCAGUUUUACAUUUUACCAGAGUGUCUAAGACUUUUGAACAGUA